AUGUCAUCAGCUGUCAAGAUUGCCAAGAAGUAUAAGCACAAGAAGGUAACAAAGGUAGCCAACGCUAAGGGAUCCGCUGCUUACAAUACAACUGGUGAUGCUCGUGUUGAUCUUUUCUAUUUAACUGCUCGUGGUAUUGCCACCGAACAAUUGCAUGCCCUCUUGAAGGCUUCAUGGGCUCAGUCACCAAUCGACACCGUAAAGAUCGUCUUUUACAAUCGUGAUUGCCGUGGUGGUAAGGGUGAACGUGAAAUCUUCCACCAAUCUAUUCUCUGGCUCCAAGAGCACCACCAAUCGACCAUCGAGAAGAACUUCUCGCAAAUUCCAUUCUUUGGUUCAUGGAAGGACGUCAGCAAGCUGAUUGGAACCAGCUUGGAGCCAAAGGCCUUGGAGAUGUUUGUCCAACAAUUGAAGCGUGAUGCCGCCGAUAUCCAAGCCAAUCCAAAGGCCACCGUCUCACUUGCCGCAAAGUGGGCUCCAACUGAAGGACAUGCCGAAGAUGUCGCUUCAAAGGCUGCCAAGAAGUUGGCCCUUCUGUUGGGUGUGAAUCGUCAUACUGCUAAAGCCGAGUAUAGAAAGCGCUUCUUAGCUCCAUUGCGUAAGCAGAUCAAGAUCACCGAGAGCUACAUGUCACAGGGUCAAUGGGACAAGAUCGAUUUCAGCAAGGUUCCAUCGCGUUGCAUGAAGUUGCAACGUGUUGCUUUCGAGCGUCACGAACCAGAGUUGUUCAAGAAGUACACCGAUUCAUUGGCCAAGGGUGAGACCAAGGUCAACGCCAAGCAAUUGUUCCCACACGAAAUCGUAGCCUCCUACUUCAGUGCAUCCAAGGUCGACGAGAUUCUCGAGGGUCAAUGGAAGGUCUUGGUUCAGGAAACUGCCAAGCUCGGAAGUCUCCGUGAUUGUAUUGUGCUCUCCGACGUAUCCGGUAGUAUGAGUGGUCGUCCAAUGGAAGUCUCAGUCGCCCUCGGACUCUUGAUUUCCUCACUCACCGAAGCUCCAUUCAAGGAUUUGGUCAUCACCUUCCACGAACAACCAACCUUCCAUACCAUCAAGGGAGAGAACUUGUACGAGCGCGUCAAGGACAUCAUGGGUAUGGCAUGGGGUGGAAGCACCAAUUUCAACACUGUCUUUAAGAUUAUUUUAGAGAAGGCAAAGGCUGCCAAGCUCCCACAAGCGGCCAUGCCAAAGAAGCUCUUUGUAAUCUCUGACAUGCAGUUUGACUCUGCCGACUCCAAGUUCAAGUCAAAUCACAAGGCUAUGAUCCAGCAAUACAAGGAAGCCGGUUAUGAAGCCCCACAAAUCAUUUACUGGAACGUAAAUGGUGCCUACACAACCACCCCAGUCGGAGAUGCCAGCAUGCAAGGUGUUGGUUUGGUCAGUGGUUUUUCACCAAGCAUUCUCAAGUCCAUCAUCGAAGUCGGUGACACCUCAACUCUCUCCCCAUUGGCCUUGUUGCAACCAGUCCUUGAUGAUAAGAGAUAUGCUGAUUUGGCUGUUUAA